ACUGCCAGGUGUGGAAAAGUAUGCUGACACACACACACGUACACCACCGCUCUGUAUGUUAUCUGUAUGUUCACUCAUGUAAUGUGUGUCUUGGAUGGAUGAUUUACAAAAUGAAGGCCAUAUGUGAACGAGAAGCAGUAUAUUAGGAGAAGGACGAGAAUCAUUCUGCAGUGUGCUUUGUGAACCACGAGAAACAUCUGGAAGUGUGUUUUGCAAGCCACUCUGCUUUGUUGUCGCCUGUUCGCGGGUAGCAAUAAAUUCUUCUUUCAUACUUGCUCCGGACUCCUCGAUUCCUCAUGCUCUCUUAUUUAGUUGAAGUGAUAGAAUUUGGCUAUUUUCUACCACAUAAUUGGCGUCAUGAACAGGAUUGAAGAACAGAGACACUGCAGGACGGGGUUCGAACAAAUCAUGAAGCAGAGCUCAUCAUAAAAAGUGGAAUGGAAUACGUCUUGGGACAGAGGAUCAGAUGCCGGGGGGAGAGGGUCUACCGACCCAGACACACCUAUCUCUCCCUGAGUGAGGAGGAAUGCAGGCGUAAGCUACGCCUGACCCGUCAGGCUGUCACAGAUAUCUGCCAUCUCCUGGCAGAUGAGCUGGGGACUGAUGCACGCUGUCCCUAUGCCCUCCCCGUUGCAGUGAAAGUUACAGCGCCACUGCAUUUCUAUGCAUCUGGGUCGUUCCAGCAUCCCCUUAGUUUUAUUGGACGCAUUUCACAAUCGGCAAUAAGUUCGGCUAUACAUGCAGUUACGUCAGGUCUAGUCCGACAUGCUGGGGAAUACAUCAAAUUCCCUGUUACACCUGACAGCCAGGAAAGAACAAAGCAGGAGUUUUGGACCAAGUAUGGGUUCCCUGGCGUCCUUGGUGCUAUAGACUGCACCCAUGUGCAGCUACGUGCCCCAUCAGUAAACGCACUCAUAUACAUAAACCGGAACGGAACUCAUUCGAUUAAUAUCCAAGUAAUUUCCGAUGCUAAUUGUAGAAUAAAUCAUGUCUUUGCUAAUUACCCUGGCUCAAGCCAUGACUCUUUCAUAUUGGCAAACUCGACCAUUCCUGCCAUAUUCGAGGGGAAUCCUCCCUUGGAUGGGUGGCUGUUAGGGGACAACGUUUAUCCGUUGAAGACAUGGCUCAUGACCCCAUUUCUUAUGCCAGCAACAGUGCGCAAAAUUGUAUUCAACAGGAAACACACACAAACACGCAGUGUAAUUGAACGUACAUUCGGAAUACUGAAAAUGCGCUUCAGGUGUUUGGAUAGGUCAGGUGGUACAUUACAGUAUGGUCCUCAGAAUUUCGCAGCAUUCUUUGUGGCAUGUUGUGUUUUACACAACAUUGCCAUGAAUCAUGGAUGUGUCGAUGACAUUAAUGAGGAUAGAUUAGAGGACUUAAGGAGACGUGAUGCUGAACUGCAUGUGCCGAUGCCAUUACGUCCAAAUGCCCCAGCAGCAGCACGGGAGAGGAGAGCUCAUCUGUCAGAGGAGCUGCAUCGUAUAUAGUGAGAGACUCUGACCAGCUGCAAGAGCCAUCAGGAACCGACAGACCAAGGACGGCUUUGACAGAAGAGGUGAAGCAGAGGCUGUCUCAAGAGGUCUGCGACACCGACACCAUCCUGGCUCACACCAAAGCGAGGUUCUCUUUCACUGGCCACCUUGUGAGUGCUACCUUAGUACAAGGAAAUAUGUUUGAAAGGUACUGCCAUUCAUUUCCUGCUGAUGCUCUGAAUGCCACUGUGAAGGCAUAUCCCACACUGAACAAGGCAAAGCUCAAGACGGAACUGUCUCUGAUCUAUGAGAAUCCUGAAUCAAGUGUGCAGAUUGUAUGUAGUUCUCUGCAAAACUAUGGUGGCAUAAUGCCUUCAGUGUGCUUAUUUUAUAUAGUUCUCUGCAAACCUAUGGUGGCAUCAUGCCUUCAGUGUGCAUAUUGUAUGUAGUUCUCUGCAAACCUAUGGUGGCAUCAUGCCUUCAGUGUGCAUAUUGUAUGUAGUUAUCUGCAAACCUAUGGUGGCAUCAUGCCUUCAGUGUGUCUUGAACAACCACACAUAUAAGGUUGCACAUAUUAUAUUGAUAUUUUAUCGUGUUUGGCUAAAUGCAUACUUGACUGUAGAUAGAUUUAUGAGUGAAGUUACCAACACAAUAGAUUGGCCGUAACACACUCACCCCUUUUAGAAUCACAUUCUCUCUCUCUCUCUCUCUCUCUCUCUCUCUCUCUCUCUCUCUCUCUCUCUCUCUCUCUCUCUCUCUCUCUCUCUCUCUCUCUUA